CAAUCGCUUUGGCACAAUUACUGAAUAUACAACUGUCUUUUAUGUCCUGCAACCACCUCCACUCAGUAUUCUCGUGACUGAACAACAUGGCGUCAAUAUGCGACGCUUCCCUUUUAUUUAGCUGCUUCCUUAUGAUAAGUCUUGCAAAUAUUUACACUACAGAAGCUCGCGCGAUGUCCUCAACCAGAAAGCAACAAGCGGGCUCGCAUGCGCACAUGGGGCACGGACAGCCAGUGUUGGACCAGCUCCGCGCAAUCCAGAAGAGUAUAGACGAGCUGAAAGCCAGCAUCCUAGUGUCCCAGACAAGCAAGGCGGUCACACUCGGCGGCGGCUCCACAGGCGGGGCGGCGCAGGCUGCCUCCACCUUCCUCAGUCCCCUUAUGUCGCGCUACGACCUGGGGGCGGAGGCUGAGAGGCACGGGUACAAGACGGGCGUGGAGCUGGGGGUGCAGACGGGCGCAUUCGCCGAGUACGCGCUAAAAACGUGGCCGUCGUGUCAGAAGUACUACCUUGUAGACAUCUGGAAGACGCAGGAGAACUACGUGGACGGCGCCAACGUGCCUCAGGAGCAACAGGAGCAGUACCUAGCGGACGCCAAGCGCCGCAUGCAGCCCUUUGCCGCCAAGGCCGUGUUUCUGCGCAACUUCACCAGCGCAGCGGCGCCGCUCAUACCCGACCCUGUUGAUUUCGUGUAUGUGGAUGCGCGGCACGACUACUGCGGCGUGGUGGAGGACCUAGGCCUGUACUGGCCCAAAGUGCGCAGCGGCGGCAUGAUGGCGGGCCAUGACUUCAUAGAUGCGGCGGAGAUGACGAAGAUCAACGAGAAAGAGCAUUGGGAGGUGUGCCAGGACGGCACCAAGCACCCGGGGGCGGUGCGCGGUGCGGUGGUUGAGUUCUUCCAGCGGCUGGGCCUGGCGGUGCACGUGACGUACCGGGAUGGACCCUGGAACUCCUGGAUUGUGAUCAAGCCAUAAGCGCUGCAGUGCACAAGGCACGAGGUUGCCCAGCUCUGCGUUGGAUGGUGUCAGGUGACAAAUGCAUUGACCGUGCAUGCCAGGCCAUGCCGAAUGCCCACAAUACGGCAUUACCCGUGGGCAUUACCCAGCCAUGAGUUUGUUGCAUCAGCGCCAAAGUAUAGGCUCCAUGUAAGAAGUUGCGCCAAGGAGUCCAGACUCCAUAAGGUAGCGGUCCAGCUGUCAUGCCACGUAAGUAUACACUGCGCGCAUAGUUGAUUACUUAUUGUGAGAACCACGCAUUGUAGGCUGUGGCAAUUGGCCGCCCGGCAAUUAAUGCAGACCCUAGCAUUCAAUUCUUCCCCUGCAGUGGGGCAUACCAGCGCAUAUCGUAUUCAAUGCUGGGGUGUAUGGGCCAGGGGGGGGGGUAGGAAACAAAGUGCCAGACCCCAUGCCCCGAAAUCCCCCGGGACCCCCCUUGAGGGGACGACCGACCCCCCGACGGACAAAACCUUGUUGUUCAGGGGUUAAAACCCCUCCAUUUAAUACCAAAGUGGU